GGAAGAUCUCUCUAUCUUCUCAAUUAGUUUUUGAAUGAAUUAAGAGAAACUAAAAAAGAUUAUACAGAAAAUGAAUUAUUUUGGGGAUGCUGCAGGAAAUGAGAGAUCAGCAGGAGCUUCAUCUUCAAGAAAAGGGAAAAAGAGUAACUCAAACAAGCCAAGACAACCCCAGAGAGGCCUUGGUGUUGCGCAGUUAGAGAAGAUUAGGCUUAACCAAUUGGAGUUUUAUCCGAGUAAUCUGCAUCCGCAGAUGAGCAUGGGCGAACUAGAUAGAUCAAACAUGAUAUAUGGUCUGUCACAGCCUAGCAGAGACCUAAGAUGGUGUGCAAACAACGCCACGUUUGAGGCUGAACACUAUGUGCAACCAAGAACAACUAGACACCUCUUCCAAGUAGACGUAGAGGACUCAUUGUGGAAGAAUAAAAGGAGUGAUUCUAUGGGAUCAAGCAAUGGCAUAUCUGGCUCAAAUGGCAGCCAAGAACUGGAUUUAGAGCUAAGACUUUCGCUUUAAAUAGUUGUAACCUCACUUUGGUGAAGACAUGUAACGAUUGCUUUCAUCUUCUUGUUAACUCAAACUCAAUAGGAAAACAAAUUCAGGUUGGAAGUCCUGAUGUUAGUGAAGCAGGUAAUUAAUAAAAUAUUGGAUAUUUUUCAUUAAA